GCCCAUAAAUAUAUGAAUACGGGUUAACCACACAUGCUGCAUGUUUGUUGCAACUGCAUGCAUCAUAGACUUUAUCUGGUAUACAUUUGCCUCUUUUUAAGAAGUUUCUAGACUAGAACUAUGACUGAGGCAGAGUUAUACACGGUGUACAAGGGGCUCCGCGUGCCCUCCUUGCUGCACACGCCAAAGAGUCUGAAAUACUUCGAAGAGUUUACCUUUCGCCAAGAUGAUAUCAUCAUUGUAACGUAUCCCAAGUCAGGUACGACUUGGACGCAGGAGAUUGUCCCUCUGAUCAUGAGUGGAGGAGAUCCGGCAUCUGUGGAGACUGUUCCUAACUGGGAACGUGUUCCCUGGCUGGAGGAAAUUCAGGCCAGCACAUAUAACCUAGAACAGAGGCCGUCUCCACGAAUGUUAACCACACAUUUCCCGUACAACAUGAUGCCUCCAUCCUUCUUUGAAGUUAGGCCAAAGGUCAUCUAUGUGAUGAGGAACCCCAAAGAUGUGUUUGUGUCUUCCUUUUUUUAUCAUAGGACAGCUUCCUUCCUGGUAAACCCAGGCCCACAGACCGAGUUCCUCCACAAGUUCCUUGAUGGAAAAGUUAUGUUUGGCUCGUGGUUUGACCAUGUAAAGAGCUGGCUGAAUGCUGAAGAUAAAGAGCACAUAAUGCACAUCUCCUAUGAAGAGAUGAUAAUGGAUCUGAAGGACGCUGUGGGCAGAAUGGCUCAGUUCCUGCAGAAGUCUCUGGACCCUGAAGUGAUAGAGAAGAUAGCCGACCGAUGUUUGUUCAAGAACAUGAGGAAGAACAACAUGUCAAACUACUCUAUUGUUCCUCUUGCAUUCCUGGACCAGACAAAGUCUGAGUUCCUCAGGAAAGGAAUAGCUGAAGACUGGAAAAACCAACUCCCAGUGGCAGAAGCAGAGUACUUUGAUUCUGUUUACAAAGACAGAAUGAAAGAUGUAAACUACACAUUUGUAUGGGAUGAGUUGGUACCCCCAGCAUAACAUUUUGCAAAAAAACAUCGUCACUGUCAUGGCUUGUAAAAUGUGUCUGUUUUUAUACUAACAUACUGCAUACUCAAUCUAUUUUUACUAAUACUGACUGUGAAAUGUACAAUUAUGUAUGCUAUUACAGUAUGCUCGAGCAAUACGCCUUUUUCAUAUUAAACAACUGUAUCGAUUGAGACUUUAUCGAGUAAAUGUUGGAUGAAAAAUGUUCACAAAUGUAAAUCAAUAUAGAAUUCUUGCUAAUCUAUA